AUGCGACAUGCAACCAUCAAAUUUCGGGGCGCAGACACUGCAACAAACUUUGUAUUCAAUAUAUUUAAGGUUGCCCGCGGCGUUUGGGUUUCCAUUCUAAUCUUAAUGGUUAUGUUGGUUAUGGUAGCUUUCGAAGGUUUCGGGAAACAACUUCAACCUCCGUGGUGGGGAAUCUUACUUUCUCUAGCAAUUGCAUUAGUAUUUUCCUUACCAAUUGGUGUCAUUGAAGCAAUAACAAACCUAAAAACAGGUCUCAAUAUGAUCGCAGAGUUGGUUAUUGGUUUCAUCUAA